AACAAACUUUGUGCCCUUCUUUGACUUGGUAUGGUUUUGGUGUUGUUGGAUCUGAACAUAUUGAUCCAAAAGGUGUUACCGCUUGGUGUGAAAAUGAACCAACUGGUUAUACUUGGAAUAAGUCUUCCGAAUUUCCUAAAGGUUGUAUAUGGGCUGCUCACGGUGUAUGGGAUAAAGAAACAAAGACAAUAUUAUGUCCUGAUUAUUUUGCGAAAAAUCCCCGUACUGGUGAACCAAUAAAUUGGAAUCAAGAUUGCUAUAAACCUUUUAUCCUCCAAUAUGCUGAAGCUAUUAGAUCUGUACAUUCAAAUGCUAUUAUAUUCAUUCAACCUCCUGUACUUGAAUUACCACCAGACAUGCUUAGUGAUCCAAAUCCUAUAAAACGUAUUAUGUAUUCUCCACAUUGGUAUGAUGGGUUAACUUUGACACAAAAACAAUUUAAUUGGUAUAAUGUUGAUGUUUUGGGUAUCAAAAGGGGUAAAUAUCCUACCUACCUUAGUGCUAUCAAAAUAGGUAAUAACGCAAUAAGAAAAAAUUUUGCGGAACAAAUUAAUAUGACUUUAAGUGAACGAGUUAGUUUAGUUGGCAAUGUGCCAAGUGUGAUAGGAGAGAUAGGCAUACCGUAUGAUCUGGAUAAUCGUAAAGCUUACGAAACUGGUGAUUACAAACAACAAAUCAAGGCGAUGGAUGCAAAUUUACAAGCAUUAGAAAGUAAUCUCGUCAAUUAUACUUUAUGGACUUACGUCCCUGAUAAUAAUAAUGAAUGGGGUGAUCAAUGGAACGGUGAAGAUCUUAGCAUUUAUUCAGCUCCUUUGGAAAGUCUUGAAAAAAUUCAUUCGAUGAUGUCAACACCAGAUUCGAGUCAAAUAUUAGAUUUAGGAGGCAGAGCAUUAGAUUCUUUAUUAAGACCGUUUCCUCUUAAAACUAACGGUGAACCAUUAAGCAUAUCAUUUGACCCCCAUAAAAAAAUAUUUAAAUACAAAUUUAAAAAUGACAAGUUCAACCCAGAAAAGAGUACACCAACCGAAAUUUACUUACCUAGAUAUCAUUACCCCGAAGCAGAUGAUUUUUCUAUUACAUUCUUUAGUGGAUAUGCAGAUUUCCAAAGAGAUCAACAGCUAUUAUUGUAUUGGCAUGAUAUUGGUGAUCCCGCAGACGAUAGGAAUAAUGAUUAUCAUUUCGGAAUUCAUGAGAUUAUUGUUGAGUUCAAGAAACCACUUGUUGGUGGAGAAGGAAUUUGGGAUGAUUGUUGUUAA